AUGGAUAAACGCAUCGACCUUCGUGUGAACCCAAUCAUUUAUAAUGUCAUCCCUGACCAGUCGUGUGUCAUCCCUGACCAGUCGUAUGUCAUCCCUGACCAGUCGUGUGUCGUCCCUGAUCAGUCGUGUGUCGUCCCUGAUCAGUCGUGUGUCGUCCCUGAUCAGUCGUGUGUCAUCCCUGACCAGUCGGGUGUCGUCCCUGACCAGUCGUGUGUCAUCCCUGACCAGUCGUGUGUCAUCCCUGAUCAGUCGUGUGUCAUCCCUGACCAGUCGUGUGUCGUCCCUGACCAGUCGUGUGUCGUCACUGACCAGUCGUGUGUCAUCCCUGACAAGUCGUGUGUCAUCCCUGACCAGUCGUGCGUCAUCCCUGACCAGUCGUGUGUCAUCCCUGACCAGUCGUAUGUCAUCCCUGAUCAGUCGUGUGUCAUCCCUGACCAGUCGUGUGUCAUCCCUUACCAGUCGUGUGUCAUCCCUGACAAGUCGUGUAACAUCCCUGACCAGUCGUGCGUCAUCCCUGAUCAGUCGUAUGUCAUCCCUGAUCAGUCGUGUGUCAUCCCUGACCAGUCGUGUGUCGUCCCUGACCAGUCGUAUGUCUUCCCUGACCAGUCGUGUGUCGUCCCUGACCAGUCGUGUAACAUCCCUGACCAGUCGUAUGUCAUCCCUGACCAGUCGUGUAACAUCCCUGACCAGUCGUGUGUCGUCCCUGAUCAGUCGUGUGUCGUCCCUGACCAGUCGUAUGUCAUCCCUGACCAGUCGUGUGUCGUCCCUGACCAGUCGUAUGUCAUCCCUGACCAGUCGUGUGACAUCCCUGAUCAGUCGUUUGUCAUCCCUGACCAGUCGUGUGUCAUCCCUGACCAGUCGUAUGUCAUUCCUGACCAGUCGUGUGUCGUCCCUGAUCAAUCGUGUGUCGUCCCUGACCAGUCGUAUGUCAUCCCUGACCAGUCGUGUGUCGUCCCUGACCAGUCGUAUGUCAUCCCUGACCAGUCGUGUGACAUCCCUGACAAGUCGUGUAACAUCCCUGACCAGUCGUGCGUCAUCCCUGACCAGUCGUAUGUCAUCCCUGAUCAGUCGUGUGUCAUCCCUGACCAGUCGUGUGUCGUCCCUGAUCAGUCGUAUGUCAUUCCUGACCAGUCGUGUGUCGUCCCUGACCAGUCGUGUAACAUCCCUGACCAGUCGUAUGUCAUCCCUGACCAGUCGUGUAACAUCCCUGACCAGUCGUGUGUCAUCCCUGAUCAGUCGUGUGUCGUCCCUGACCAGUCUCGUGAGGUCGUCCCUGAUCAGUCGUGUGUCGUCCCUGACCAGUCGUGUGGACUCCCUGACCAGUCGUGUGUCAUCCCUGAUCAGUCGUGUGUCGUCCCUGACCAGUCGUGUGUCGUCCCUGACCAGUCGUGUGUCGUCACUGACCAGUCGUGUGUCAUCCCUGACAAGUCGUGUAACAUCCCUGACCAGUCGUGUGUCAUCCCUGAUCAGUCGUGUGUCGUCCCUGACCAGUCGUAUGUCGUCCCUGACCAGUCGUGUGUCGUCCCUGACCAGUCGUGUGUCGUCCCUGACCAGUCGUUUAACAUCCCUGAUCAGUCGUAUGUCAUUCCUGACCAGUCGUGUAACAUCCCAGACCAGUCGUGUGUCGUCCCUGAUCAGUCGUGUGUCGUCCCUGACCAAUCGUAUGUCAUCCCUGACCAGUCGUGUGUCGUCCCUGACCAGUCGUAUGUCAUCCCUGACCAGUCGUGUGUCGUCCCUGACCAGUCGUAUGUCAUCCCUGACAAGACGUGUGUCAUCCCUGACCAGACGUGUAACAUCACUGACCAGUCGUGA